AUGGAUGACCUAUCAAACAAAAACGUUCAAAAAUCUUUAUCCAAUGUCAUGAUAAUUACGUUUCAGGUUUGUUUACAUUCACGCAAGGAAGGCUUAUGGAAGGAACUCGAGGAAGAUAAAUUUCAUAAGCAAACAAGUGAACCG